AUGAAGCAAAGAUGCUAUCUUUAUGCAAGAAAUGUUUGCAAUUUUGCAGGUGCUUUCAUCGGAGUAAACAUAGGGACUGAUCUCUCUGAUAUGCCACAUCCAACACAAGUUGUAGCUCUCCUUAAAGCUCAGCAAAUCCGACAUAUCCGCCUCUACAAUGCUGAUCCCGGGAUGCUAAUUGCUCUAGCAAACACCGGAAUCAAAGUCAUAAUCUCCAUUCCUAAUGACCAACUUCUUGGCAUUGGCCAAUCUAACUCAACCGCAGCUAAUUGGGUCAAACGCAAUGUCAUUGCUCAUUACCCUGCAACGACUAUAACCGCCAUUUCUGUUGGCUCCGAGGUUCUAACCAGCCUCCCAAACGCAGCACCGGUUCUAGUCAGUGCCAUCAAGAACGUUCAUGCCGCUCUGCUUUCCUCGAAUCUUGACCGUUUGAUCAAAGUUUCUACUCCUUUAUCCACUUCCUUGAUCCUAGACCCAUUCCCUCCCUCGCAAGCCUUCUUUAACCGAUCUUUGAAUCCGGUAAUAGUCCCGUUACUAAGCUUCUUGCAGUCAACAGACUCAUACCUUAUGAUCAAUGUGUAUCCUUACUACGACUACAUGCAAUCAAACGGUGUGAUUCCUCUAGACUAUGCUCUCUUCAAACCGAUUCCUCCAAACAAAGAAGCUGUUGAUGCAAACACGCUUGUCCGCUACUCAAACGCCUUUGACGCGAUGGUGGACGCUACUUACUUCGCUAUGGCUUUCCUCAACUUCACAAACAUUCCGGUUUUGGUAACAGAAUCAGGCUGGCCUUCGAAAGGAGAGACCAAUGAGCCUGAUGCUACACUAGACAAUGCCAACACUUACAACAGCAACCUCAUUAGGCAUGUUCUCAACAAAACCGGAACUCCAAAACGCCCCGGGAUCGCAGUGAGUACAUACAUCUACGAGCUUUACAAUGAAGAUACAAAGUCAGGAUCUUUAUCAGAGAAGAGCUGGGGACUGUUUGAUGCAAAUGGUGACCCUGUUUACAUACUGAGGUUGACUAACUCUGGCUCGGUUCUUUCUAACGAUACAACGAACCAGACUUACUGUACUGCAAGAGAAGGUGCUGAUCCUAAGAUGCUUCAGGCUGCUCUUGAUUGGGCUUGUGGUCCCGGGAAGAUUGAUUGUUCUCCUAUUAAGCAAGGAGAGGCUUGUUAUGAACCAGAUAAUGUGGUUGCUCAUGCAAACUAUGCGUUUGAUACUUAUUAUCAUCAGACUGGGAACAAUCCUGAUGCUUGUAACUUCAAUGGAGUCGCUAGUAUCACUACAACAGAUCCAAGUCAUGGUACAUGUGUGUUUUCAGGAAGCCACGGUAAUGGUAGGAACGGGACAUCUGUGAACAUAACGGCUCCAUCGGCGAAUUCGACGAGCUCCGGGAUAGGGAGAGAUUUGUAUCACAGUAAGGGAAUGUGGAGCAUUUUGACAGUGAUUUUGAACGUUGCUCUCUUGUGA